GAGGAUGAGGACAGGUCCAUGCGUGUGCACGGUGUCCAUCGUCGUGGCGCUGGUGAUGAAGACGAGCUGGAUCACGGCUGGCCGGACCCCGCAGAGAAGAGACAGCGGGGUGCUGAGCCAGGAGCUGUGGGAGAAGGAGGUCCGGUCGGCGGGCAGUCUGGACGAGCUGCUGCGGCUCACCGACUUCCCCGACUGGAUGCUGUGGAAGUGCCGCCUGAGACUGCAGGAGCCCGAGACCCAGCUCCUCGCCUCUUCCUCCUCACCGCCGUCACCUUCAUCAUCAUCGUCGGUAUUUUCAUCAUCUUCAUCGUCGUUGUUAUCCUCAUCAUCACCCUCGUCUUCCUCGUCGGCCGGGUCCCAUCGGUCCACGCGCUACGCCGCCGUGUCCUACAGCCUGGAGAUACUCAAAGCCAUCGACGAGGAGUGGCAGCGGACCCAGUGCAUGCCCAGGGAGACAUGCGUGGACGUGGCCAAGGAGCUCGGGACUGACCCCUCUAUGUUCUUCAAGCCCCCCUGUGUCUCCGUCUACAGGUGUAACGGUUGCUGUAACACUGAGGGCGCCACCUGCAGAAACACAACGGCCACAUACGUCAACAAAACCCUUCUGAGCGUCAUCCCGUUCAAAUUCGGCCCUGAGCCCGUCUUGAUCAAAGUGGCCAAUCACACGGAGUGUAGGUGCAUGGAACCGCCCAUCAUCCGUCGCAACGCCCGCCCCCCAAAGAAGAGAGGGUGCUCCCCCAUGCACCAUUUGGCCGACAGCGAGGACACCAGGAGGGUGUGUGCCACCGGGAUGCUCUGGGACUGCAUGGAGAACCGAUGUGUUCCUUACCCCGCCUCCAUACCUGAGUUCUCUCUGAACGCCUGGCUGCCGGACUGUGAGCUGGACCCGGAGCGAUGCGCCUGUUUGCCCCGGGCGCCUCCGUCCCGCCCGCCGCUGUACCGCUGCCACAUCAACGCCACGGUCUGCUCCGGGCGCCGGAAAACCUACGACCACCGCGCCUGCAGAUGCAAGUGACACAAGUCCAAAUCCAGCGGAGAGACAAUCUGCUCUCUGGAAACCAGAGGCAGAGAGAAAAGAAGAAUAAUUUAUUUACAACCCUAUUUAUGUAAACACAUUAACAAAGUUGAAGACAUCGUUUAUAUUAACUCCCGUGGUGACCAUGUUAAUGGAUUGCAUCGUGUAUACAUUGUGUUCCAAUCAUUGUAUAAAGUUUAGGAUUUUUUACAUGUCUUUUUUUUGCACUGAACCAAAGAAAUGUUUCCAUAAAAUUGUUGAUAUUUUUUAUAAUUUGACCAUGCACUGCUGUAUCUGGGUACCAUUCAGAACAUUCACAACCCUUAUUUUUGGUGUUUAAACCAUAGACUGUAUAACAUGGGCUAUUGUUAAACUACACCGGGCCUUGUUCAAUUGAUCUUCGUCUAGAGGGCCCUAGUAAUAGUUAUUUGAAUACCAAAUCAGUAACAUGAAUGGGGAACUUCGGAAUGUUUCAAACAAAACGACACAUUACAGUAAAUUACGAUUAAUCUCCUAAAAUUCAAAGUGUUUUAAAUAUGUUUAGUGUAUGUAUGUGUGUGUGUAUGUGUGUUUGUGGGUGUGUGGUGUGUGUAGUGUGUGGGGGUUCUGAACGCAAUUAAAAAACGUUUAGGAAUAGUUGCUAUUUCUUUACUACUGGCGGGAUAGUAAAUCUCCCCUUGAUAGAAAACAUCAUUGCCAUAUUAUGAUGCAUUAAAAUUAAUUAAUGUGCACUUUGGUGGUUAAUGUGUGCUGUAUGUGUGGGUUUAUAUUGUAUAGCUGGGCAUUUUCAUUCCACAACAAUGAUUUAUUUAUUGUUGUAAAAUGCAAACGUGAAACAUGAAAUCAUCAUCUUUACCUCACUUCAUCUGACAUCCGUCAUCCUCUGGCCUUGAGUCUGGUAUGAUUCAGAUCUCUAAUGAACAGGGAGGGCAAGUCAUCUCUCAGAGGCUGAACAGCACAAUGGAUGCCUCACUGAGUUCCUUGAAAUUAGAGGUGCAGAAAUAGCCUGGAAUAUCAUCAAGUAUUGUCACUUUAAAAUCAUCUCAGAGGAAAGCUGGACUAUUCAACAUUAUGUUGGACUAACUGAAAUUGAAAUGACAGUAAGAGGCAGAAUCAUCUUGUUAUUGAUGUCAUAAUAUUCUCACACCAAUAAUAAAAUGUAUGGAUUCAAAAAGACCACUUCUAAAAGACAAAAAAACGAUUUUGUUUAAGUGUUUCUUGCAGUAGUUGAUGGAGGAUUAGGCCCAUCAGUUGUACAAGUUCACAUUCAUGAGGUCAUGUUGGAGGAGACAGAGUUAUUUUGAUAGUUAUGUAUGCGCCAGACUGAGAAUAUAGUUCCUUAAGACAACAUGAAUCUGAGUGGCCGAUUGACCUGCUUGCCGGAGGUCCUUAUGUCGUCUUCCAUUUUUGUGCAAUCGGGGUCAGAUGUGAGGUGCUGGAAAUGAAUCCAGGCGCAGUUUGUUAAAAAGCCAUUAGUUUGUAAAUAGGACAGAGUGCAGAGUAGCUUUGGAAUGAAAAAGACGAGGUUAGGUACUUCUUUAUUAGUACUUCUUUAUUAGUGGUAGUGCAUGGUUAAUUCAGAGGUAGUAGGCUACAUCUCAGCAAAUCUCCUAUCUCAUCUAAUAAAUUACAUGUAGUAGAUUCAUAUCAAUACGUCUUGGGGUCAUCCGGCAUAUGACAAAAAAUCAGUCCAAAAACUUUCUUCCAGAUGCAUCUCUUCUUUAAUGGCAUACCUGAUAUAAUAUGAUAUAAAAAAGGAGAGUACUUUUAACAAAAUGAAUAAUUGUUGUAUAUGUCAGUACUCCCUAUUUUGACCUCAAGAUAGUCAAUAUUUUCACUGAGAAAGGCUUGGACAUAGUUUUGAGUCAUCAAAAUUUGUGAUUGAUACUGUUUCAUUAAAAUUAACUUUGAACACAUUUAUAACAUCAUCACAAAGGGUUCAGAUGUGUAGUUCCCGGUAUCCUAUUAUUGUGGCGAUAUGCCUCUGCAGCCAAUAGCAAUAAAAACAUGAAUCAAAAACAGAUUCUGACUGGGAUUUUACCUUGCCUUUAAAAAUCGGUGAAAUCCAUGCAAUGAAUUACCAAUCAGAAAACAUGACUGAAAUAGCAGCAGUGGAAAUACAGAGAAACGCCAUUCGGCCGCAUUAGCCUCAGAGCCUGUUACCGCUGCCAAACAUGGGCCCUUAUCGGCAUGGCAACCGGCUCUCCUUAUUAAACUGUUGACAAUAUCUCCUAGUCGAGAGAACAGGCAGAAUCCUCUCCUUCCCAACCAAACUGAGGAAAUAAUUCGGUUUUCUCGCAAGGCUUCCACGUCAAAUUUCGCGGCGUCUCACCGUUAAAAUGUUAUCCCCCUGACCUGUUUUCGAGAGCGCCAAGUAAAAUCCUUCCUGCGGUCGUUUUUUUGCAAUACAUAGUUAUGUUUUUUGUAUCAUGCCAUAAUAAUAUGACUAUACAACAGAUUAAUUAGUACUUAAACCUGUGCAAAAGUGUGCAAUGUCAGAGUUUUGAUGUUUAGAGGUAAUAAAGGUUUAAGUGUCAGUAGUCGCUGUCGGGACGAUUGAAACACUUGUUUCAAACGCAACAGGAGUCAUGUUAUCUGGUUGACGUGGUAGUUUUUGUUUAAAAUAAAUAAAAGGAUGUUCAACUGUGUAUCCAUAAACAUGACUUAGGACAGGGAAAUAAGUACAUUUAGUGCAAAUUCAGUCGUCCAAAAGAAGAAAGGUGAGUUUUAAUCGAAAUGUGCAUCUUGACAAUUACGCACGGGCCAAAAAUACAUUUUAACUAGAGCUGUCAGUUAAACGCGUUGUUAACGGCGUUAACGCAAACCAAUAUUAACGGCGUUAAAAAUGUUAUCGCGCGAUUAACGCAAUUAUUUUUUCUUUGCCUCAAAAAAAAGAAGCAGUAGACUGACUGCUAUGUUCAAAUGACAUUUGUUCAAAGCAGUCGUUUAAUUGCACUAUAGGCUCUUUUUUUGUAUCGUCCUGUUUUGAUCAGUAUAUGCCAAUGUUGUUAUCAAUAAAAAAUCAUUUGCACAAGGCAAGCCGAUGCACUUCACCAUGUUGAUAAGAGAAUUAAAAUGCGAAGAAUUAUGGGACAAAAAAAUCAAGGGAUAUUUAGCAUAGAAAAAGAAUUUGCGAUUAAUCGCAAAUUCUUGACAACAUACCGGACAACAUAGUACACUACUAUGUUGUCCGGUAUGUUGCAUAAAAACAAGAGUAAGGUCAAUAGUUUAUUUUUAAAAUAUGCUGUUUCAAUCGUCCCGCAUGUGUGUUUCAAACGUCCCGACUAGGCAGGGCGUUUGAAACAGAUGUCAACUCACGUUGGUUGGUGGUUUAAAAACAUAAAGAAGGAUAAUUGACUCACGGACAAUAGUCCUGUAGUGCUAUUGACUAGUAUGACUGAUCAGACGUCGAUCCCCGUACAUCGUCGAUGUCUUGUCACCUUAAAAUACAUAUCUGUGUUAAUACAGCGGACAAUAGUCCUGUAGUGCUAUUGACUAGUAUGACUGAUCAGACUUUGCCGCCUCUCCCUACCCCUAUUUGAGAACCACUGCUCUAAAACAUUCCAGUGUCUCACAGGGCUCUCAGAGCGACGUGUUAAGUAGACGCCUGACAUCUCACAGGACACCGCGCUGGCGAGCCAUCUCCAACGAUAAUUAAACAAAGUGUUCGCCGUGAUUAAAAGCCCGCUCAUCAUCAGCCUCCCUGGCUGUGAGUGUGACUUCUCCCUCCAUCCAACACCAAAUAAGGAGACGGCGAUUAGAACGAAACACUGAUGUAAUGAGAAGGACCUGUUGCAUGUAAACUGUGACGUACAACUGAAACUUGAGGAGCAGAACAACAGGUGACGUUGACUUGUUGUGAGCAGUAUAACCUAAUCUUCCAGAAAACACAAAUAAAGAAAUUAUUUUUUUAUAAUGGGUGAUGGAUAUCACUCUCAUCAAAUCAGGCCUGUUCCUUUUUAAAUGCAGCUCUAUAUGGAUGGAGGAAAAGCAUUUGAUCGGAACAUAAUAACAAUCGUUCCACACCACUCCUUUAUUUGUUCACAUGAAGUAUAUUCAACACCAUUAUCACAGGUGAACCAGGUGAGCAUUUAGCGAUUGACAUACAGCCAUUGACAACAAUGGCAGCAAAGUUAUGAUAUAAGGCCUGUAGGAUGUUCUACAGUAUAAACACAUUCCUGAAACUUCUCCUCAAGUCCACAACACGUAAGGCAAUGAAGAUACCUACAAUAUGCAUACAGUUUUGGUUCAGUUUAGCAGUUACUUCUAAAAAACAGAUUAUAAAUUACAUCAAAUUGUUAGCAUCAUAUAUUAGAACAGUGUUCAUUUGUUCUAUGUACGGACAGAAAUUUAUCUCAACAAUUACAAACCAAGAACACCAACGCACACACCUGAUAUACAUCUACAUAAUAUAACUGAUAGUGAAUGUACACUGGUACAAUGCUAUGGAAGGCCGCUGGGAAUGUGAAAAAUAACAUGUUAGAAGUGUUAACACGUGUCACAGGUUAACACAGCAAGAAUUGACAGGCAUUUUCUGGUUGUGGCCAAUGAGGGACCUUGAAAGGGAUUGUUUGUUCUAAACACGGUAAUAUAUCAUAUGAUCCUCGAGUGUUCGAGUUUCAAAUGAAACAGGGGGUUCACCUACACUUUAACAAACUAAGCGUUGUAUAAAUUCAAUGAAUGAAUAUGAUAAGAAUAAAAUGACCAUUGCUUCAUUUAACACAUUUAAAUUGAAUCGAAUAGAAUUUUGUUUUGGCAGACAUAAACUAGAUAUGAGGUAUGGCGGCUUCUUUAACCAGUUGAUACUGGGUUUAAAGGUGACGUUGUGGGUCAUUAUAACAAAUAACCUAUUCUGUAGUUGAGGCUUCACAUUUACUGAUAUCAAGCACAUCUAUACGAAUGUAUCACACACAGGCGGGUGGCACAAACUCUGCAAACUUUACGCACUAUUACACUAUACACACUUUUCAAGAAAACAAACACACACACACAUCAACAUAAGCGACCUAGCGAAGGCGCUACAUAAAUUCUAGUUAUAAUUAUUAUAAUAACCCCCCACGGUCCUCAGAAGUGUCCUUCCUGGUAAACGGGGGGUCCGUGGUGGCUGGCCAGGGACUGCUGUCGUGUGCUGCGGACCGAGGUCACGUGAACAGACUUCUGCAGGGAGAG